AUGCAGGAGGCGUAUGAGGCGGGGAAGAGGCUGGAGUACGUGCCGAUCGACGUGGUGUUCUGCUCGCAGAUGGAUCGUGCACGCACGACAAUGUCGCUGGCAUUGAGUGUGCACUCCAGUAAGAAAACCCCGGUUGUGGAACAUAGCUCGCCACUUGAAAAGCCAUCCUUUGAAGGAGUCAAUGACAAGAACCCUUACGACUUCAUCAUCCCGGUGUAUGUGUCGCCUACACUAAAUGAGCGCAAUUUCGGUGAUCUUCAGGGUGUGCCAAGCACGAAACACACCGUCAUGUUUAACAGAGAACACGUAAAGAAGAUACGAAACGACUACUACACGCGGUUUCCAGGUGAAAAUGGCGAAAGCUGUGAGGAUAUCCACAACCGAACCAUUCCAUUUUUCGAAGCGUUCAUCUUGCCGCAUCUUGCUGCGGGGCACAACGUGUUGGUGUCUUCGCACGGUUUUGUUAUCCGGACACUCAUUAAGUACCUGGAUGGCAUGGAUGCAAACGAGUUCAGCGAGCAGAUGAAGUUGGAAAAGACAGCGCCAGAUAAAUGUUCGCUCCUUGCUCCGACUGGCGUUCCACUCAUGUACAUAUACGAGAAGGGGAGGUUCACAAAGCUCGCACAGACACGCCGUGACCGUGCGGAGAGCUUAAGUCGAAGCAUUGCGCCGUAUUAGAGAGAUUAAAGUGCAGCUGAUUUGUUUUACCGGGAUGGUGUCGACAGGUUGAUGCUCGCAAGAGAGACACUAUACUCAUUGACCACAUUUUGCAUAACGGUGCUGUUCGAAAUAUUCACCGGCGCCAUGAAGGAUCAAGGUCGAGUUGCUUCUUUGCAUUGGUGCGUGCGCUCUUCUUCCGACUCCGUUUCUAAGCUCCUAUCUUCUGGCAAUGGUGGGGUAUAACUGCACCUUGGGCAAGCAAGGGGGUUUAUGCUUCUCCAGCAGCUUCCUUCAAGCGCUUCGCCAACUCCGCCUUCAAGCCCUUGAUGGGCAGACCUAGUUUCUUCAAUUCUUCGCGCAAGAUACUCACAGUCAUCUGUUCAAUUGGCUUCGGCGGCGUGUACGAUACUGUUGUUUGCUCCUCUUCUGCAUCUUCCAUUUCCACAUCAGCUGGAGGUGCAUCUUGUUUCGGUUCUGGAGUUUCUUCCAUCGGCUCGGCCUGUACAGUCGCCUUUGGUGAUUCAGACUUGACUGGAGCCGCCUUCUGUGGUGCCUUCGUCUCGACUGGAGCCGCCUUCUGUGGUGCCACCGACUCGACUGGAGCCUCCUUCUUCGGCGAAAACGAAGCACGCGGUGGCGGCGGCGGUGGAGGAACCACGCUUGCUGUCGAAGCCACCUGUUGCUGUGUGAUCGAAACCUUCUUCAUGGCAUGCGUUGAGUCCGCUACGCUUUCACCGUGUGCCUCUUUCAUGGCCCUUUGCCCAACAGCCGAGUUGAAAAACGUAUUGGCAGCCUCACGAUC